UCUAUCCAAUAUGGGUCAACAUCACCCGAAUCUCAAAUGUGGAUUCCCACACAAAUAUUGCUGAAUAUUUCUUCUUUAUUUAUCCCUUUUUCUCACCUUGAAAUCCACAACAAUGGCGCAACACGCUCAUCUGGUUUGAAUCUUGCCUACUAUUCUUCGCAAAUGUAACAAAAUUUCUCUUCAAUUUAGCAGAAGUUAUCAUAAUUUGUUCUUACUCUACGAAACCAUCGAAGUUAUUCCUCUCUUUUCGUUGAAUUGUGCUAAAGUACGAAUAAAUUAGGGUUUUCGGCGAAGAAAAAGCUAUGAAAAUGGCGGAAUUGUUGAUUUUACCAUCAUCAGAAGCUAAAUUGUUAUGGAAGGAAAACAAAGCAGGUGGUUGGGCUGCACUUGCUGCUAUCUCUUUCAUCUUUGUAUGGCAACUCUUGAAGUUCAUCUUACCUGCUCUUCGAUUGAUUGUUGUUCGAUUUAGACGCACUUCUCCUCCUCCUCUUUCUCUCUCCUCCGAUGCCAUUUCUCCUUCCUCUCAUCGAAUAUCCGACCUUAUAUCAGAUGGUGACUUGAAAAUUUUGAUUGACAAUUUGGAUGAGAAAGCCAAUGAUCCUGAAAAUGGAAAAUGGGAAAAUGUCACUGAGAAAAGCAAGACUUCUCUGUCCUACAAGGCAAAAUGCUGUAAACCAAAGGAGGGUCCUCUCAAAUACUGGAGUGUAACUGUGUUCGAGAAUUGCUCCCCUGAAACCUUAAGGGACUUUUAUAUGGACUGCGAUUUUAGGAAGCAAUGGGACAAGACAGUGGUUGCUCAUGAGCAAUUGCAGAUUGAUGAAGGAAGUGGAACAGAGAUCGGGAAGACCAUAAAGAAAUUUCCGCUUUUGACGCCUCGAGAAUAUGUUUUGGCAUGGAAGAUUUGGGAAGGCAGCAACAGAACAUACUACUGCUUUACAAAGGAAUGUGAACAUCCUUUGGCACCCAUACAGAGGAAGUAUGUACGAGUUCCAUUUUUCAGAUCUGGAUGGAGAAUACGGCAAGUACCUGGAAAAAAUGCCUCUGAAAUCAGAAUGGUGCACCAAGAAGAUGCUGGUUUGAAUGUGGAGUUUGCAAAGUUGGCAUUUGCACGAGGGAUAUGGAGUUAUGUAUGUAAAAUGGAUGAUGCUCUGCGCAAGUAUUCUUCAAUCCAUCAUCCACCCUCAAGUUCAACAACGACUGCUGUUUCUCUCAUUCAAAAGGUCCCACAUGACCUCGAUGCCAUAAUUAGAGCAUCAUCGUCGGAUCUAGCUUCUGGUUCUGGUUCUAGCCAUGGCAUCAAUGGUCAGGAAAAUGGAGCUAAUUCACAAAAACUCAAGAGGAUGCCCUCAAAGAAAUUGAUUGCUAAUGGCUUGCUUCUUCUUGGCGGCUUAGUCUGUUUAUCUCAAGGAAAUUCAGGUCUAGGUGCCAAAGUUGCCAUUGCAUGUGUUCUGAAGAAGUUGAGUAAACGUGGCUCACUAUGUGGUCAGAAACAGCAGAGGUAAUGAUCAAGUUUAUUCAUCAUGCAAUCUUCCGGGCUUCCAGAUAUUCACCCGUUGGUCUCCUGAAUUGGUUCAUAUAUAUACUCAUUGUUCCACAGAGAACUGAAAGAAAGCGGAGACCGUGUAUGUUAUCGUGUAUGUUAUAUCCAAGCGUGUAAUUGUAUAUAACCAACACAAGUUCAAUCAUAUUUUUCUUCUAUGUAUAUCAUAUCCAAUGACUGAGCAUUGCUUGGUCUAAUAUGCUUGUAUCUCAUAUGUCAGAAAUCUAAUGAAAAACCCACCCGAAUUGUCCGA